AUGUCUUUGGAAGCAGCUAAUCGCGACAAAUGCGAACGCGUUCUUGACCGCGAUCCAAAUGUGGCCAUAUUCCUGAGGCCCAUCGCAGCUCCCACCGCUCUCGGUCUUGCGGGUUUUGCGGGCUCGACUUUCAUCAUUUCCACGUAUAUUGCGCGGUGGUGGGGUGAUGAAAGCUCUCCUACAAUCUUCUUCCCACUCGAGGCUUUUUGGGGCGGACCUGGUCAAUUCAAUGCGGGUUUAUUUGGUUAUGUGGCUAGAGACACGCUAGUCACUGUCAUUCAUGUGCAGUGGGGAAUCUUCUGGAUGGCCAUCGGUCUGCUCUAUUUUUUGACCGCAAAUGGAUCCCUCCCGCCUCAUUCCGUAACUGUUCAUUUUCCAGAGCUCGCCUCUUGGAUGAUUGUUUUGGCCUUUUUCACAUGGUCAGGGGCCAUCGCCGCCAGCGCACGAGAUCUCGUUCUAUGUGCUGUCUUAGUUUUUCUCGCGAUAGGAACUACCAUCGCAUGCUGUCUCUUCGCAUACGGGUCGGGUGUUGGAACUGGAAUGAAAGCGGCCGCUUAUUUCUGGACCAUCAGUUCGAUUCUUGCUUGGUGGCGGGUCACCGUAUAUCUGAUCGAGGAGGCCUUUGGCAAGAGCUCUAUCCUGCGCUUCUUCCCCAUUUUCCGCACGCCCACCGAAAAAAGACGUCCACUUGUGGUCCCGGGUUUCGGCGAGUCAGGCGUCAAGCGCGGUAUGCCAGGGGUUGCAUAA